UGUCGCACUCUCAAUCAAUUUUCAAUGUUGUCGUCCUCUUCCACUGUCUUGUUUUGCCAAUUUUGACGUGAAAAACAAAAAUUUCGCCCUUUUUUCUCAUGUGACUUGGUUCACAAUGAGUCUUUUCGGAUCUCGUGUUUUACUUCGCCAAAGCCGGUCGUGGUUGCAUCAUUCUCAGCACCGAGAAAUAGUCACCAAAGUCUCAUCGAUAUUCAGACCAACCUAUUCUGCCUCCAAAGAAUCUAAUGUCACGUCGAAAGAGAUUGCUUCCAAGAGUCAGCAACUUCUUGUGGAGUUGGGAUUUAUCAGAGCACAGUCACCAGGCACAUUUUGCAUUUUACCUCUAGCCCAAAGAAUCUUAUAUAAAAUAGAAAAUAUAAUCGACGCUGAAUUAAGGAAAAUUGGCUGCCAAAAAUUGCAUUUAGCUUCUUUAGCGCCGUCAAGCUUGUGGAAUAAAACUGGUCGAUUGAAGAGCAUGGACGAGGAACUAUUUAAAUUAAAGGACAGACAUGACCAAAACUACAUUUUAAGCCCGACCCACGAAGAGGCCAUCACGCACUUGCUGGGUACAGCUGGGCAUAUUUCCCACAAGCAACUGCCACUGAUGUUAUACCAAAUUUCCACAAAAUUCCGCGACGAAAUGAAGCCACGGUCGGGUCUGCUGAGAGCCAGAGAGUUCCUCAUGAAGGACCUUUACACCUUUGACGCAAGCUUGGAAGACGCCGAGAAGACUUACCACCUUGUCAGGGAUGCGUACGAGAAAAUCUUCAACAACCUGCAGGUUCCAUUCGUUAAAGUUCAGGGUGAUUCUGGUCUGAUGGGUGGCUCCAGGAGUGAGGAGUUCCACUUCUUGUCCGACGCCGGAGAAGACGAACUCUUAUUGUGCCCUGGCUGUGGCAAGGGAGUCAACAGCGAGGUUGGAUUUACGGAGAGCAAGUGCCCAGGUCUUGGCAAGUGCGAGCCCGUGGCCAAAAAGGGAAUCGAGGUUGGCCAUUGCUUCAUCCUGGGCACCAGGUAUUCGGAGCCCCUGAAAGCGCAUUACGUUACCAAGGAUGGCAAGACGACGCCUUUUGUCAUGGGCUGUCACGGACUGGGCAUCUCGCGCAUUUUGGCAGCUGCUGCCGAGUGCCUCUCGACUCCGGAGGAACUGCGGUGGCCACUCAGCAUCGCCCCUUUUAAAGUCUGCAUUAUUCCUCCGAAGGAUGGCAGCAAAGAAGCAGACGCAGCUGUUCUGGCAGAAAAACUGGGCAACUCGCUGUCCUGCCUUCAGGGUGUGGCGGACGAGGUUCUUGUCGACGACCGGACGAGUUUGACGAUAGGACGGCGGUGCAAGGAAGCAUCAAGGUACGGCUAUCCUUUUGUCAUCGUUGCUGGACGCACGGCGGCCUGCGUGAACCCCACUUUUGAGGUGUUCCUCACGGCCAGCGGCGAAAAGAAAGUGUUGAGUUUCGAGCAGACCGUAGACUUUGUCAAGGACCAGUGUAGCAACAGUUUGAAAUAAAAGCGAGGGUAGUUAACAUCAAA